AUGAGGGUGCUCUGCGUGGUCUUUGCUGUGCUCCUGCUUUUCUCCAUGGCCGCGCCAGGGUAUGGGCAGCCGAAGGGCUUUUGCGCAGGGUACUGCUCCUACUCGUGUGCCAAAACGGACGAGUGGACGUUCCACCAGACCUGCGGGAAGAUGUACUGCUGCAUCCCCCCUCCCAAAAAGGGAAAAUGA